AUGGUUAAAAGUCCUCACAAAAGUUUGGACAACCGAUAUCUUAAUCACCAUUCGCCAAUAUGCUUCCCUGAUGCAAAAUUUUUCAUGGACAGGUUGCGACACUUAGCAGUUUAUGCAAACAGGGGCUUCGCGAGGAUAAAAGGAACUGGAUGGGGGUGGGCCGGUGUCAUCUGGCUUUACAGCUUGGUGACAUAUGUUCCGCUUGAUAUUCUUAAGUUUGUGAUCCGCUACAUUCUGAGCAGGAGAGCAUGGAAUUCCCUUUUGGAGAACAAGGUAUUUCCACUAAGAAAGAGACUUGCCUUCACUUCUAAAAAAGACUAUGGCAAAGAAGAGCGAGAAGCUCAGUGGGCAACUGCACAGAGGACUCUGCACGGCCUUCAGCCUCCUGAAAGCAGCAACCUAUUCUCUGACAAGAGUAGCUACAGGGAACUUUCAGAGAUUGCAGAGCAAGCCAAGCGACGAGCUGAGGUUGCGAGGCUUCGCGAGCUACACACUCAAGGCCAUGUUGAAUCCGUGGUCAAGCUCAAAGGCCUGGACAUCGAUUCCAUUCAGCAGCAUUACACAUUCUGAAGGGCUUUUCAUUCCAAGCAGAGGAGAUCAUAUCGUGAGAAACGGAAAGUGGUCUUAAGGAUUAUGAUGACGAAGCCGCCUAUGAAGCUUUUAUUAGUCUAUAGGACGACAGAAACUGAUGUCGCUAAAGGUCAGGGUCGUAGAUUUUUGCUGUGACCAGUUUAAUGCAUGAGGGCUGCUUUCUCUUUUGACAGAACAAGAUUUAACAUUUCGUUUCAAAGUAGCCAUGUUCAAGUCGGUUGGUGAAUCUUACUUGGAUCUUAAUGAUUAUGUUUAGCUUGAAGCAUGAUCUUGUCAACAAUUCUCGAGUGAUCUGCCUGGCACAAGGA